CAUUACUCCCCCUCUCUCCCUCACAUUUCUUCAAUUUAUUUUUUGUGUGUCCAUUUGUGGAUCCAAAAUGAAGCCUGAAGACGUACCCAAUUCGCCACACGGCGGUUCGAUUGCGGAGGCAAUCCCAAUUCCGGCUUCUCCCCUGAUGGAGUUCUUCGAGGAAUUCCCACAAUCGUUCGAAUUCAAGGCGGAGCCAGUCUCCGAUGUGUCAUCGCCGCCGGUGGCGGCGGUGGUGGUUGGGGUUUCUCCUCCAUCUCUUCCAAAGCCGCUGGCGAUUCUGCACGAGACACCCAUCCCGCCGUUUCUGUCGAAGACGUUCGACCUGGUGGACGACCGAGGUCUGGACGCCGUGAUCUCGUGGGGAGCUGAUGGGGUGAGCUUUGUGGUUUGGGAUCCGGUCGAGUUCUCCAGAACCGUGCUCCCUCGCAACUUCAAGCACAACAAUUUCUCCAGCUUCGUUCGCCAGCUCAAUACUUAUGUGGGUAUCUUGCUGUUACCACAGCAGCUCUUAGCUUUGCAUUGAUUUAUCAAUUUUUUUGUCUGGGUUCGAUUGGUAUCUAACUUUUUCUGAUGUUGUUUUGGUUGAAGAUUGUAACUUUCAUCUAUGUAAUUGGAGGGUUCUUUGUAAAUUUGAGCAGUUUUGUUGACAUGUAAAAGGGUUUUGAUUCUCUGAUGUAAUAGUAUAGUGGGUAGAAGAAGUAGUAUAGUAAUGGCUUUUGCAAAUUCAGAUGAGAUGAUAAGUUAUAGGUGAAGUUUUGAUCAUCCUAGCGCCAACCUCUGAAUUUGUACUGGAGCGGGGAGCUAUCUACCUAAUCCGAAUCCAGGGAUUCCGCAAGAUCGAUGCUGACAAGUGGGAGUUUGCAAACGAAGGCUUUCAACAAGGUCAAAAGCAUCUUCUUCGAAACAUCCAGCGGCGGAAGACACCAUCAUCAUCUCAGCAAACCAGUGGCUAUGUUGUUGGGUCAUCUGGGGAAGCAGCAGGGAAGUCCAGGCUGGAGAAUGAGGUGGAGAGGCUGAGGAAGGAGAGAGGAGCAAUGAUGCAGGAAGUUGUAGAACUUCAGCAGCAGCAAAGAGGAUCCAUUGAGCAUAUGGAGACUGUCAACAAGAGGAUUCAUGUAGCUGAGCAGAGACAGAAGCAGAUGCUUUCCUUCCUGGCAAAGCUGUUCCAAAAUCCAGGAUUCCUCGACAGACUGAAGGAAAGCAAGGAGGGCUGUCAACGAGGCAGCAUAGGAGGAGGAUCAAAGAGGAAGAAGUUCCUCAGACAAAGUCAAGAAGGUGGGGCAGACAGAGAAGGUUCACCAUUUGUGCUCGACUCUUUUGUAUCAACAAAUGACUUGGCUGUUGCAGGGCAAGAAUUCAUAACCCCCACGGAGGAGAUUGAGGAGCCAUUCUAUAAAGGGAAGAAUGUGGUGAUGGAUCCACAGCCAGAACUCGGUCCUGAAGAUUUCAUCUCCUACCCUGACGAUUUAGGAAUGCAGCAGGAGGACUUCACACUUCCUGCAGUCUCAAGUCCAGGUUUCGAAAGCAUAGUCAAGCAAGAGGUUGAUGUAUGGAGCAUGGGAUUCGACACUCAUCCGGCCAUGGCUACCAGUCCAGGGAACGAGCUAUGGGAGUUCGGAGUUACAGGUGGGUUCUCUGACGUCUGGGAUUUAGGUUCUACACAAGCAGCAGAUAGAAGUUCAGGGUUCGACAAGCAGCUGCUGGUUGAUGAGAGCUUACUACCUGAUAUUAGUGCUGCCCAGCCGCAGGAUGUUGGCAGUUUCAAAAGAAGUUAGAUACUGGCGGGAUUACUUAUUGAUGCCAAUAUUACGAUUAUAUAGUACAUAAGACUGGACAUCUUUACCGAUUAUAUGCUUCUUUCAUUGAAUGCAUACCACUAUUUUUUUCAAUCUUGAGAUUUCUUCUCUCUUUUGAGCUUUUUUGCUGAACUUUCAUUAUUAUCCAUGUUUUAGCUCUCCAUUAUGCAACAGGUGAGCUGGAAGUUGGUGAACACUUGCUAGGUCUCUUGGAUUCUUGCUAAUGGAUGCCUUUCGAGUUUUUGAGCAUUUGCAGGUGAAAUCAGCUAAGACCGGGAUUGUGGCGCGUUGUGUUUGGCAGAGUUUUCAGGUUAUGGUUCCGACUUCCGACAGCGGUUAUUAAGUCUGGCAAUAUCUCUCAAGUUGGACAUUCUGGGAAUAGAAUACUGUGAUAGCGAUAGUAAAUUUGUUCAAUAGGUUUGCUUGUAUUGGUCAACUGUUCUUGGUGGCCUCUUAUCUGUUCGUACAUAGCCAAGUCUAAUUUCACU